CACGGGCGUCGGGACGUGCUGGCCUAUCUGGCCGAGGCCUGGGACCUGGACAUCGAAGCCGCCAACCGCGACUACAAGCGGCCUCUGCACGAGGCUGCCUCCACGGGCCACCGGGACUGCGUGCGGUACCUGCUGGGCUGCGGAGCCGCGGUCGACUGCCUGAAGAAGGCCGACUGGACGCCUCUGAUGAUGGCUUGCACGAGGAGGAAUCUUGGGGUGAUCCAAGACCUUGUAGAACAUGGCGCCAGCCCACUUCUGAAGAACAAAGAUGGCUGGAACAGUUUCCACAUUGCCAGCCGAGAAGGCGACCCUCUGAUCCUCCAGUACUUGCUCACUGUCUGCCCAGCUGCCUGGAGGACAGAGAGCAAAAUUGGGAGAACUCCUCUGCACACCGCAGCAAUGCAUGGCUGUUUAGAGGCAGUAAAGGUGCUUCUUCAGAGGUGCCAGUAUGAACCAGACUGCAGAGACAAGUGUGGCCUCACGCCCUUCAUGGAUGCUAUUCAGUGUGGUCACAUUGACGUAGCCAGGCUGCUCCUCGAAAAACAUAAGGCUUGCAUUUCUGCUGAGGAUUCCCUGGGGGCCCAGGCUAUCCACAGGGCAGCAGUCACCGGGCAGAAUGAAGCCAUCCGAUUCUUGGUCUCUGAACUUGGCGUUGACGUGGAUGUGAGAGCAACAUUGACCCGCCUCACAGCUCUUCAUUAUGCGGCUAAGGAAGGUCAUGUGAGCACAGUUCAGACGCUCUUAUCCUUGGGUGCUGACCUCAGCUCUAAAGAUGACAGAAAUCGAUCAGCCCUGCACCUGGCCUGUGCAGGGCAGCACGUGGCUUGUGUCGAGUUUCUCCUGCGCUCUGGGCUAAGAGACUCUGCAGACAUCACGGGCGCCCUGGCUCAGCAGCUGGCACGGAGCACAGACAUCCUUCAUUGCUUCAAUCACAGCGUGACGACGUGAGGGUGUUUCUAAAGGAAGAUAAGACAGUGCAUGGUAAUU